AUGUACCCUAUUGUCUGCGACACGGCUAACGAUACGUGCCUAGCCUAUGGAGGGCCGCUGCUCUCCCCCGAGUCGAUUGUGUCGCCUACCGCGGAGAUGAAGAUGGUCGGGUCGUCGAAACUUGAUGGCGGUAGUGUACUGAGAAGUGGCGUCUUUCUCACCACACCCACUGAUAGUGCGCUAUAUUAUCACUUGGCAUCGAACCGUCUCGCGAUGUUCGACGUGUCCACCUUUGCUCCUGUGCAGCUUGCGCCUGUACUCCUGUCGCUCCUUGCGCUUGUCUAUAUAGCGCGCCACACCGUUAUUCGCAGGCAUCAGGAUAUCGAAAGACUACCUGGUCCAUCGCGCAAGGAUGCUACCUGGCUGUGGGGUCAUGAACUCCUGGCGUUCGAGAACUGUCCGACGGACAUGUACACCAGAUGGGCUGCAGCGUUUGGCACGUUCUUCAAGAUCAAGGGCGCCUUUUUCCACCGCGAUAUCAUCGUCGCGACAGACCAUGCAGCCGUGCAGCACAUACUCCAGUAUUCCGACGAUUAUGUGAAAGAAACUGGGAUGCGAGAAGUGGCUGGAACCAUCCUGGGCAGAGGCAUCGUAUGGGCCGAAGGACAAGAGCACACGAAACAGCGCCGACUGCUCGCGCCCGCCUUCUCACCGGAGGCCAUCAAGGGGAUGACAGAUGAUAUAUCAGAAUCAUCCGCAAAGCUCGAAAGUAGGUUGACGAACCUGGUCCUCGCCCGCGGUGUGACCGUCAAUGUGGCCGACUACAUCUCGAUGUGCACCCUCGACAUCAUUGGCCGCAUCGGGUUCGGCCAUGACUUCAAGUCAGGCCAGUCCGCAGAAGCCAAAGAGAUACGCGCGGUCUGGGAGAAGCAGGUUAACGCGUCGAACACAUUCAAGGCCUUCGUCGGUUCGCUGCUGCUGCGCACGUUCCCUAUUCUCACCUCGCUGCCGCUGCCCGUCAUGAAGGAGGCGCGGCGCACGAGGGAGAUCGUGUCCGAACUCGCGACGCGCUUGCUGAGGCACGGGUACUUCAGCGACAAGGGCCGGGAUAUUCUCAGUAUCUUGAUGUGCGCGGGAAACAAGGACGGGGCAAAGGAGAAGCUCUCUGCUACGGAGAUCGUAGACAAUAUCACUACGUUCUUACUGGUCGGCCAUGAAACCACCGCUGGAUCGUUGAGCUUCAUACUGUGGGAGCUGGCCCGGCACCCAGAGAUACAACAGAAGCUGCGCGAGGAAAUUCGACAGUUCGGCGGCAACAUUAACUACGACGAUAUACAGCAGCUGAGUUACCUCGACGCGGUCGUCAAAGAAGGGCUUCGUUUACAUCCUGCCUCACCUAUGACCGAACGUGUAGCACUGAAGGACGAUGUCAUCCCCCUGAACAAGCCUGUCUGCACGUCGAACGGUCAGACGGUCUCGUCAAUCAGCGUGAAAGCAGGACAGGUGUUCCACAUCCCGUUCGUCAGUAUGCAAGUCAAUACAGACGUCUGGGGCCCGAAUGCGGCGGAGUUCGUGCCCGAGCGGUGGAUCGACCCCGGCGGCGUGCUCCCUCCUGCGGAGUUGCCGCACGGAUGGAGCGGGCUCGUCGCGUUCUGCGACGGCCCCCGGAACUGCAUUGGCUAUCGACUUGCGGUCUUUGAGUUCAAGGUCAUUCUUGCAACGCUCAUCCGCACGCUCGAGCUACACGAUACGUCUGCAAACGUGGAGCUGAAGAUCAAGCCGACGCUGCAGGCCUUUGUGGACGGUCGCGGUGGUUUUCUUCCCAUCCAUGUUACCUUGGCUCCGUAG